AUGGUGUAUGUAUCACUCAAGUUGAUAGAGAAACUGAGUGAGGGACCGUGGCAAGAUCUUGGCUCAUCCACGGAUCUCGUUUCCUAUCCGUCGUUCCGAAAGCUUCCCCUCUUCACUCAUUGUGAACAAGGUCCGAGAGCAGAUGGAAUCAGACGAAGGCGUGUGCACAAGCAGUCAGCAAGUUUCCAACGCAAUGGACCACGCACAAGGACUGCUCCUGCUUGCACCUUGCCCGUCACCGCCACUUCAGUCACGGCCAUCGCGUAUUCCCCUCACAUCCUCGACUACAUCCUCCCACCUGCCUUACCCCCACCUUCAUCCUCUUCAUCCCAUGCCCCACCAUCUGCGCCAAAUGUCAGUGCGCCCAACUUCUCCUCCUCCUGCUCCUUCUCUCUGCAGUACUCACUGCUAUCCCAAAACUUGCUUUCCAGCACCAAGCCGACCUAUGCACCGGAGAAGGUCGCUGCGUCUUCCCAACUCAACUCGCCACUCGAUGGUCCAGGAGACUUGCUCUAUUUCACAUUACCCCUUUCGCAUUAUGCCCCUAUUGACUACCCCAAUAUACUUCCCAAUUGUCUAUCCACUCCAGCUUACUUCACCACAGCUUCCACCUGUCCCUUUGACGAUUUCUCCUCCAAACCCUAUAGUCCACAAAUAUGUGCGCGCCCGACGUGGAUGGGAGAACGAAGUCGAUUUCCAUCCUGA